GAAAGACGUCAUUCCGCUUCCUUCAGUCUCAAAAUGUAAACUUUAAUGUAGUCCUGUUCAAUUGAAAACAAGAAGGAUUCAUAGAGAUGUAGAUAGCCAUAGUUCUCUGUGUGUUCAUAGUCAACAAGAAAUGGGUUAGUCUAAGCCUCACUGUUCAGAAAUAGUCUAGAUCUUCUAGUUUCUAGCUAUAAAUGAACAGACAUUCUAACAUAGACCUACAAUAAUGCUGAACCAUGGAGUUCGUUGAAAGCCCAAGUUUAGAGUAUAUGAUCUCGUGUGUGUAUAGACCUUAUAUAGAGGAACAUGUGAAUGUAGUGCAGCUAGCUGAGAUGAUGCCAUGUAUGGAGGACGCCUUAAGCUAUUUGAAAAGUGUGCGCUCGCUUUCAGAAUCUGUUGACAUCUUUUUAAACCAUCUACACACGUCGAGAAGCUCAGAAAAGUAUAAGGAAUUUGCGAAGGCUCUAAUGAAUGCAGAAUACACUGUUCUGUUUUGUGCUCUUUGUUGCGGUCCAGUUUAUUUUGAUAAUGAGCAUCAUAAAAAGAUGAUGUCUUUAUUUGUCAAGGGUGUUAGUCAAUCCUUUAGCCCAACUGAAGUUGCCCAUCUACUUUCUAAUCAUGGAAUUCUGUCAGCCACACACGCUAUGGGCGUGAACAUUCUGGAAACUGAAGGCAAUCACGCAGAUGCUGUUUUUCUGCUUUUCGACUCUUUGGCCCGACAAAAUGAGAAUUGGUAUCAGCAUCUCUUGGAUGCACUCGCCUCCUUGAAUUACUCCAAACUUGUUUUAGAGCUGGAAUCAAAGUACUACGAGCAGAGUGGCCAUGUUUCAAAUGCUCCUAUCAAUUAUCUAAGCCGAAGAACCCACAGCGUAAACCAAAAUGAAUUUGCUGUAGACCACUCUUUGUAUUUACCAGACUCGUUAGACAAUGCGUUGACUCCUUUUGGUGCAACAAUUGAUGUAAACAAAAGAGUUCAGUCUGAAGAAACAAUACUUAUGAAUGAGUUUGUACCGACAACACAGACAGAACUCAAUAGCUCUAUGAAGCUAGCUUCUAAGCAAGUUACUUGGUCGAAUGCAUAUCCUCAACACCUCUCAGGUAUUGGAUCUCAAGAAUAUGAACAAAGGAAAACGUCUAUUAAAAAUCGAAAGCCAUCAACAUACUACAUUGACAAUAUAUUGGUCUCUUCAAGUCGUAUUAUGAAUCCAGAAGAUCUAAAUGGUGCAACAAUUGAUGUAAACACAAGUGUUAAAUCUGAAGAAACAACACUUAUGAAUGAGCUUUUAGAAGCAAGAAAGACAAAACUGACUAGCCCUACGCAAGCUACCUCUUUAAAUUGCUUCGCUGAUACAUACCAAUACCUCUCAGAGGUUGAAGCCCAACAAGCUGAACUCAAUAGCUCUAUAAGACUAGCACCUAAGCAAGUUAUUUGGUCGAAUUUCUUAGCCGAUAAACCACAAGACCUCACAGUUAUUGGAUCUCAGGAACAUGAAGAAAGAAAAUCGUCUAUUAAAACUCGAAAGCCAUCAACAUACUACGUUGGUAAUACAUUAAAACAAGACGGUUCCCUGGUCUCUUUAUCAAAUCAGAUUGUCAAACCAGAAGAUCUAAAGGAUUCUAUUUUAACGGAUCAAAAUGCGAUUAUUCAGCAUAGUUAUUCUAUGCCAGAAGAAAUGUCAUUUAGUCAAAAAGAUUCUAUUUCUCCUGAAGAAUUGAUGAAGUUCUUGUUUGUCAAGGGUGUUAGUCAAUCCUUUAGCCCAAGUGAAGUGGCCGAUCUACUUUCUAAUCAUGGAAUUCUGUCAGCUACUUACGUCAGUGGUGUGAAACUUCUGGAAACUGAAGGCAAUCAUGAAGAUGCUGUUUUACUGCUUUUCAACUCUUUGGCCCAGCAAAAUGAGAAUUGGUAUCAGCAUCUCUUGGAUGCACUCGCCUCCUUGAAUUAUUCCAAACUUGUCUCAGAGCUGGAUCCAGAGUACUACGAGCGGAGUGGCCAUGUUUCAGAUGCUCCUAUCAGAUUUCCAAGUCAAGAAAGGCACAGCUUAGACCAAAAUGAAUUUGUUGUAGACCAAAAUUUGUUUCCACCAGACUCGUACUUAACAGAAGAGGCAGGUUCAAAUCUUGGUACGGAUACAAUCGAAGUCAUUUCUUAUGAGACGCAAGAUGUAAACACAAGAGUUAGUUCUGAGGAAACAACACUUAUGAAUGAGUUUUUGAGUAGGCGACAUGAUUCUGUAGUCUCAGAACAAGGGAGCGUUACUCAAACUGCAAAGGACGAUGCUCAACCUGGUGUUGUAUACCCAGAACAGAAAGAGGGUAGCUCUGAGGGCUUAGAAGAAACAGAAGAUAUUAAUGAACCUGAACCUUCUAGGACUCAAGGAAAAAAAUCAGUGUUCUCAGAUAGUAAUCGAAAAAGUUCAUUCCCAACUGCAAAAGAUGAAGAGCCCCAUGGUGUUCUAUACCCAGAACAAAGUGCGGCCCUCUUUGAGGGCUCAGAAAUAAAAGACAAAAGUCAUGAGCAAGCAUUAGAGCAUUCUGGGACAGAACGACGAAGUACAGCUAGACCAGAUAGUGCCUUGGGAACAUUUUCAUUACCAUCUACCUCUAAUCGAAACAGUUUAACACUCCGAAAGGAAUCUUCUAGUUUUGUCAAGGCCGCCAAGAUUCACGUGACAACUGACGAAGCCCCGUUGAUAACAAUAUUUGGACAAAGUAUAGUGGUACCCGAGUUGACGAUUUCUACUAAGACUUUUCAAUUCGACUCUGAGCAUUCGGUAAAAAGCCGGAAAGGUUCUGAGGUAACGUCCAAAAGAAACUCUGUGCGUUCAGAGUCAGGCUCAAUCAGCAUGAAAAAAUCUAGUCUCCAAUUUUCUGAGCAUCCACAACCUUCUCGUGACAACUCUUCACCUACUGAGGAAAAAAUGUAUAAACAUGUCGAGCGCAAUGAUGCCGAGUACGAAGAAGACGAUCCCCAACCUUAAUCAUGAAAUUUCUACAAAUUGACAUGAAAAUCUCAUUAGCCUUGUUGGAAGAAACUCCUGACAGCGUAGAAGGGCUCAAUAUUAUUGGAUCUCUUUAUAUAAAACAAGAAUGUUAUUUCGAUCAUUGAUUCAGACUCGUGCGGGAAGAAAAAAAAACGUGAAUAAUGAAAUGAUAUUUUUGCAACAUU